CAGCCACACCGGCGGAGGCAGCAGCAGCGGCGGCGGCGGCGGCGGACGCACCGUCGGGACAAAGGGGACGCCCCGGAUCGGGACCAGCCGACACCGGAGCGCGCGACGCCGCUUGCAAAAAGAAAGGAAGGAAGGAAAGAAAGAAGGAAGAGUCGGGGAGGGAGGGGGGGGAAUCGGCAGCCUUCCCAUUCGGAUUGCACGUGGGGAGAGCAGCCGGCCAAAGCCCCGCGCCGCGCCCUCCGCUCCCCGCAGCCGGCGGGCUCCGCGGACUCCGGGCCGGGAACAAAAGAGGCGGCUCGGCGGCCGGAUGGCGGCUCCCUGCAGCCCGGAGAGCGGCGCGCCGGGGGAGCGACCCCGCGUCUACUUCCAGAGCCCCCCGGCGUCGGCGGGAGGGGAGGCGGGCGCCGAGGACGAGGAGGGCCCGGUGCGGCGCCAGGGGCGGGUGACGGUGAAAUACGACCGCAAGGAGCUGCGGAAGCGGCUGCACUUGGAGGAGUGGAUCCUGGAGCAGCUGACCGUCCUCUACGACUGCCAGGAAGAAGAAAUUCCCGAAUUAGAAAUAGACGUGGAUGAACUUUUGGAUAUGGAGAGCGACGAAUCGCGGAGCGCUAGGGUGAAGGAACUCCUGGUCGACUGCUACAAGCCCACAGAGGUUUUCGUAGUUGACUUGCUAGACAAGAUCCGAGGGAUGCAGAAGCUAAGCACCCCCCAGAAGAAAUGACGUCCUGUCCGUCAGCAGCCGUCCUGCGUGGCCCCUGCCAUUUGGGGACCCCGUGUGUCGCUGAAAUGUUGGCAGUGCUCGGUUUCCAGGGAAGGGGGGGACGCUUCUACAGGGCUGGGGAGGAUCAAUUAAAUCUCCCCCCCUCGCCUCUAGGACCGCGAAAGAGCAAGAUCCUCCAUCUGGGGAUGCUUUGAUAAUCACAACGAUUCGGUCGCCUUUUAGCAAUAUCUGCGCUGCCCCCCCCCACCCCCCCAUCUGUCCUGACUCCCGAGUGAGUGUGUCUGUGUGUGCAAAGGGAGGAGGGGCAUUGGUUCUCGAGGGGAGGGGGAGCAGAAAGAGAGAAGGAUCUUAAAACAGAGAUCUGGAUGGGGGAGGGGAACAUCUCCGUUUGGGGGAGGGCGGUUGGUUUGUUUUUUUAAUUAUUGUGUUUUUAUAUAAAUUUAAUAAAAGAGGCUUUGAGAA